AUGGCAGUUAGAGGUGAGAGUGGGAUGGCAGUUAGAGGUGAGAGUGGGAUGGCAGUUAGAGGUGAGAGCGGGAUGGCAGUUAGAGGUGAGAGCGGGAUGGCAGUUAGAGGUGAGAGCGGGAUGGUAGUUAGAGGUGAGAGUGGGAUGGCAGUUAGUGAGAGUGGGAUGGCAGUUAGAGGUGAGAGUGGGAUGGCAGUUAGAGGUGAGAGUGGGAUGGCAGUUAGAGGUGAGAGUGGGAUGGCAGUUAGAGGUGAGAGUGGAAUGGCAGUUAGAGGUGAGAGUGGGAUGGCAGUUAGGGGUGAGAGUGGGAUGGCAGUUAGUGAGAGUGGGAUGGCAGUUAGAGGUGAGAGUGGGAUGGCAGUUAGAGGUGAGAGUGGGAUGGCAGUUAGAGGUGAGAGUGGGAUGGCAGUUAGAGGUGAGAGUGGGAUGGCAGUUAGAGGUGAGAGUGGGAUGGCAGUUAGAGGUGAGAGUGGAAUGGCAGUUAGAGGUGAGAGUGGAAUGGCAGUUAGAGGUGAGAGCGGGAUGGUAGUUAGAGGUGAGAGUGGGAUGGUAGUUAGAGGUGAGAGUGGGAUGGCAGUUAGAGGUGAGAGUGGGAUGGCAGUUAGAGGUGAGAGUGGGAUGGCAGUUAGGGGUGAGAGUGGGAUGGUAGUUAGAGGUGAGAGUGGGAUGGCAGUUAGAGGUGAGAGUGGGAUGGCAGUUAGGGGUGAGAGUGGGAUGGUAGUUAGAGGUGAGAGUGGGAUGGCAGUUAGUUAA